AUGGGCUACACUGAUGGAGGUUUUCUCAAAUGGCAUCUUCGUAACAAUGACACAUAUCCGCUUGCAAUGCCACGACCAGAUUGUCACCCUGGUGCAAAUACACUUUGGGACUGUCCGGGUUUCGCAGAUCCAAACGCUAUUCGGCUUAGUGAAAAUCUUUGUCAAGGCGAAGACGACUUGGGACUCGUCUGCUGGGGAGCGCCGAUUUUUAAAGGAUGGGCAAAACACUGGAAGGGAGUCCAAAUUUACAAUUCUCCCUUCACCUAUGUAAGUGCAGAUCCGGAUCAUGUAGCAGUUCAAAGGGAAUCGCUUAGUCGAAUAGAAUAUCUGGAUAUCCUCUAUGCUGGCUAUGAUGGGUACGGUACUGAUUGAUA